GGGAAACAGACAGGAAGCAGAUCGUUUUUUCCCGCGAAAGGACUUCGCUCUGGCGCAUUGUUCCUGUUAGUGCCGCUCUCUGGGAUCGCUCUGUCUGAGAAUAAAGUCGUGUCCCAGCUCCGAGUUUUAGUUUAGUGAGCUGCAGCAGGAUGUCUGGCUUCGACAUUCCCGGAGUUUAUUACAGCGACAGCUUCGGAGGAGGAGACGCGCCCGGCGGGGACGACGGCGGGCAGAAGCGGGCUCAGAUCAAGAAGCGGUUCCGAGAGUUCCUCCGGCAGUUCCGGGUGGGAACGGACCGCACCGGCUUCACCUACAAAUACAGAGAUGAGCUGAAGAGACACUACACCCUGGGAGAGUUCUGGGUGGAGGUGGAGAUGGAGGACCUGGCCAGCUUUGAUGAAGACUUGUCUGACUGCCUUUACAAGGUUCCUGCGGAGAACCUGCCCUUGCUGGAGGAAGCUGCCAAGGAGGUGGCGGAUGAAGUGACCCGUCCUCGACCUGUAGGAGAGGAGGAGGUGCAGGACAUCCAGGUCAUGCUCAAGAGCGACGCCCACCAUGCUUCCAUUCGCACCCUGAAGUCGGAGCAGGUGUCUCGUCUGGUGAAGGUGCACGGGAUCAUCAUCUCAGCCACGGCGGUGAAAGCAAAGGCCACCAAGGUGUGCCUCCAGUGUCGCGGCUGCAGGAACACCAUCAAAAACAUUGCGCUGCCGCCGGGCCUGCAGGGUUAUGCUCUGCCCCGCAAGUGCACCAGUGACGCUCCUGGGAGAGCAAAGUGCCCCGUGGACCCGUACUUCAUCAUUCCGGACCGCUGCGUUUGCGUGGACUUCCAGACGCUCCGUCUGCAGGAGUCUCCGGAUGCCGUGCCACACGGAGAAAUCCCCCGGCACCUGCAGCUGUACUGUGACCGGUAUAUGUGUGACCGCGUGGUGCCUGGCAACAGGGUUACCAUCCUGGGGAUCUACUCCAUCAAAAAGAUGGCUGCUGCCAAAGCAAAGGGCAAGGAGAAGGGCAUCGGCGUCGGGAUCCGCGCGUCCUACUUACGAGUGGUCGGCAUCCAGGUGGACACAGAAGGAGCAGGUCGUGGUGCCACCGGGUCCGUGUCUCCACAGGAGGAGGAGGAGCUGAGAGCUCUUGCUGCUUCUCCGAGCAUCUACAACUCUCUGGCUCAGUCUUUAGCUCCCUCCAUCUACGGCAGCGACGAUCUGAAGAAGGCCAUCACCUGUCUGCUGUUCGGAGGCUCGAGGAAGAGGCUGCCCGACGGUCUCACUCGCAGAGGCGACAUCAACCUUCUGAUGCUCGGAGAUCCCGGUACGGCCAAGUCUCAGCUGCUGAAGUUUGUGGAGAGGUGCUCGCCUAUCGGGGUCUACACCUCCGGGAAGGGCAGCAGCGCAGCCGGCCUGACCGCCUCGGUGCUUCGAGACCCUAGCACUCGUGGGUUCAUCAUGGAGGGAGGGGCCAUGGUGCUGGCCGACGGAGGAGUCGUGUGCAUCGAUGAGUUCGAUAAGAUGAGGGAGGAUGACCGCGUGGCUAUCCACGAAGCCAUGGAGCAGCAGACCAUCUCCAUCGCUAAGGCGGGCAUCACCACCACCCUGAACUCCCGCUGCUCCGUGCUGGCCGCCGCCAACUCCGUGUUUGGUCGCUGGGACGACACGAAGGGGGAGGACAACAUUGACUUCAUGCCCACCAUCUUGUCUCGUUUCGACAUGAUCUUCAUCAUCAAGGACCAGCACGACCAGCAGAGGGACAUGACGCUGGCUCGCCACGUGAUGAACGUCCACCUGAGUGCUCAGACGCAGACCGAAGGUGUGGAGGGCGAGGUUCCUCUGGCUACGUUUAAGAAAUACAUCGCCUACGCCAGAGCGAAGUGUGGCCCUCGGCUUUCCGCGGCUGCCGCUGAGAAGCUGAAGAACAGAUACGUGGUGAUGAGGAGCGGCGCGCGGGAGCACGAACGCGAGAGCCACAAGCGGCCCUCCAUCCCCAUCACCGUCAGGCAGCUGGAGGCGGUCGUUCGUAUCGCCGAGUCGUUGGCUAAGAUGAAGCUGCAGGCCGUGGCUGGGGAAGAGGAGGUGGACGAGGCCCUCAGGCUCUUCCAGGUCUCCACGCUGGACGCCGCUCUGUCGGGCAGCCUCUCAGGAGUGGAGGGCUUCACCUCUCAGGAGGACCAGGAAAUGCUCUCCCGCGUCGAGAAGCAGCUGAAGAGGCGCUUCGCUAUCGGCUCCCAGGUGUCGGAGCACAGCAUCAUCCAGGACUUCACCAAGCAGAAAUAUCCCGAGCAUGUCGUCUACAAAGUCCUCCACCUGAUGCUGAGGAGGGGCGAGCUGCAGCACCGCAUGCAGAGGAAGGUCCUCUUCCGGGUCAAGUAGAGCCGAUCGGCGCCGCUGAUGUAAAUAGUUUGUGUUGGUUUCGAGUCUCUGCCACUCUGGACGCGGUCUGUGGCGAAGCCGUGGACCGGAGGUGUCACCGUGGGUGGUUUAGUGAGGCUGUGGCUCAACUGGUCUGUAAAGAUGAAAUGAUGAAAAUAAAACUUGCGUUCUGGUCAAA